UCCCACAAAGACUUAAUCUUGGGAAUAAACUGACCAGAAGUUGCAAGUCGGCAAAUAUAUGACUGAUAAUCUGACCAUAUCAGCUCCAGCCGGAGCAGGAUGCUGGAACAAAAACACGGCGGCGCCUUUAAUUAGUUGUUUAAUUAGUUGUAAUUUGAGUUUAAAUUUUUCUAUAAGCUGCUGCUUCAACUUAACUUUCAUGGUUUAGUUAUUGAUAUAUUUUUUUUUUUAAAUUACAGAUUCUUUACACGGUUUCUUAAAAUAUGAAAUAAAUUAGACAAGGAAUAGGAAUGAACAAAGGAUUAUCUAUGAACAAAUUUGGAUUUAGUGGAUGUACAUGUAUACAUUUUGUUUUAACUCAACGCUCUCAGUCUUUUCCGGUAUCUAGAAUAAUGCAAGGUCGGCCGGCCGGCCGGCCGGCGUUUUUUAUUGUAUGGUUGUUCUUCGUUGAAAGCCAUCACUAAUUCUACCUUGUCUACAAAUAACCAAGUCCAUCCAACAAUUGCUUCACAUCUCCCUCAAUCCUUUCCAUUUUCCACAUCUGCAAUAACUAAAAUUAUACUCUCGCACUGGAAGGUGAAAAUUUAAGAUGGCAAACCAAAUCUUGCUGUUAGCUACUUUCCUAGCCAUGACAUGUUCUCUGGUUGUUGCUUUUGAGCCUGCUCCACUGCAAGAUUUCUGUGUUGCUGACGCUACUAGCUCAGUAACAAGAGUUAAUGGGUUACCUUGCUUGGACUCCAAGCUAGCAACAGCUGAGCAUUUCUUCUUCAGCGGACUUCACAUCCCGGGCAACACCUCAAACCCUGUUGGCGGAAAAGUCACCCCAGUCAAUGUGGCUCAGAUUCCAGGACUCAACACCCUCGGCAUCUCACUCGCUCGCAUUGACUACGCACCAAUGGGUGUUAUCCCUCCCCACACCCAUCCUCGCGCCACCGAGAUUCUGACGGUCUUAAAAGGCAAGCUCAAUGUUGGGUUUGUGACCUCAAACCCCGAGAACAAGCUCAUCUCGAAGGUCCUUAAGAAGGGUGAUGUGUUUGUUUUCCCUGUUGGACUAGUUCACUAUCAGCAAAACCUGGGUUCAGGAACUGCCAUUUCUCUAUCUUCUUUGAGCAGCCAAAACCCUGGAGUCAACACCAUUGCCAAUGUUGUUUUUGGGUCCAAUCCUGCUAUUUCCGAGGAUGUUUUGGCCAAGUCUUUCCAAGUGGAACAAUCGGUAAUUAGGUAUCUUCAAGCAAAAUUUUAGAUGUUUUUCCAUGUGGAAUUAAAUUGGUUUAUCAUAUUUCAUAUCAUUCCUUACUUAUACUUGUAUUUUUGCAACUUGUGGGUUAGAUUUGUAGAAGUGUAUACUAAAGUCUCCAUGAAAUCGAGUGGUCUCGUACGAAAUUCUUUGACAUCAAUCUUGAUUUAUAUCCGAUUGCUCCU